GCGGCGGCGAGAGCGGCGCCGGGAGGUGCUGCAGCGGAGGCGGAGGCUUCUCCUGGACGCGUCCGGACCGCGCAGUCGGAGCCCCAGCCCGGAGGCGCCAGGAGGUGCACUGGGUGCUGCUGCUGUUGCUGCCCUCCCGCAGCCGCCGGGGGCCCCGCUGCCACCAGGGCCCCAGCUGCCUUCUGCGCCCCCGUCGACCCCGCCCGCGUGUGCGCCCCAGCCGGGACGCCGCCCCCGGCCGGGUCUCCACUUCUCAGCCGCACCUCCCAUGACAGCGUCCGCUCGAAGAUGGCUGCGAAGGGCGCGCACGGCACCCACCUGAAGGUGGAGAGCGAACUGGAGCGCUGCCGCGCCGAGGGCCACUGGGACCGCAUGCCCGAGCUGGUCCGGCAGCUGCAGACGCUGGGCAUGCCUGGCAGUAGCGGAAGCAACCGACGAGCCAGCCCGAGCUCUAGGAUCAGCUUUCUGGACACCGAUGACUUUGGGAAGCUGCUGCUGGCAGAGGCCCUCCUGGAGCAGUGUUUGAAGGAGAAUCACGCCAAAAUAAAAGACUCCAUCCCUUUGCUAGAAAAGAAUGAUUGCAGGAUAGAUGAAGCCAAAAAUUAUCUGAGUAGCAUCCUCAACCACGGGAAGCUGCCGCCACAGUACAUGAGCGAGGCCAUGCUGAUCCUGGGCAAGCUGCAUUAUGUGGAGGGCUCCUACCGAGAUGCCAUCAGCAUGUAUGCUCGGGCUGGGAUUGAUGACAUGUCUGUGGAGAACAAGCCCCUGUAUCAGAUGCGGCUGCUGUCGGAGGCAUUUGUCAUCAAAGGCCUCUCCCUGGAACGCCUGCCCAACUCCAUCGCCUCCCACUACCGCCUGACCGAGCGGGAGGAGGAAGUGGUCGCCUGUUUCGAGAGGGCCUCCUGGGUGGCUCAGGUGUUCCUGCAGGAACUGGAGAAGACCACCAACAACAGCACCUCACGGCAUCUGAAAGGCUCUCAGCCAGUUGACUAUGAGCUUACCUACUUUCUGGAAGCCGCCCUCCAGAGCGCCUACGUGAAAAACCUGAAGAAGGGGAACAUUGUGAAGGGCAUGAGGGAACUCCGGGAGGUUCUGCGGACCGUGGAGACCAAAGCAACGCAGAACUUCAAAGUGAUGGCGGCCAAGCACCUGGCGGGGGUCUUGCUGCACUCCCUGAGUGAGGAGUGCUACUGGAGCCCCCUGUCCCACCCUCUGCCGGAGUUCAUGAGCAAGGAGGAGAAUUCCUUUGUCACACAGGCCCUGCGGAAACCUCACCUGUAUGAAGGGGACAACCUCUACUGCCCCAAGGAUAACAUCGAGGAGGCCCUCCUGCUGCUGCUCAUCAGUGAGUCCAUGGCAACUCGGGACGUGGUGCUGAGCCGGGCUCCUGAGCAGGCAGAGGACCGGGCGGUGAGCCUACAGAAUGCGGCAGCCAUCUAUGACCUCCUGAGCAUCACCCUGGGCAGGAGGGGGCAGUACGUCAUGCUCUCUGAGUGCCUGGAACGAGCCAUGAAGUUUGCAUUUGGAGAAUUUCACCUUUGGUACCAAGUGGCCCUCUCCAUGGUGGCUUGUGGGAAGUCAGCCUACGCCGUGUCACUGCUACGGGAGUGUAUGAAGCUGCGACCCUCAGACCCCACCGUGCCCCUGAUGGCUGCCAAGGUCUGCAUCGGGCCCCUGCACUGGCUGGAGGAGGCCGAGCAUUUUGCCAUGGCGGUGGUCAGCCUCGGAGAGGAAGCUGGGGAGUUCCUCCCCAAGGGCUACCUGGCCCUGGGUCUCACCUACAGCCUGCAGGCCACUGACGCCACCCUGAAGUCCAAGAAAGACGAAUUGCACCGGAAGGCACUGCAGACACUGGAGAGAGCCCAGGAACUGGCACCUGACGACCCCCAGGUCAUCCUUUACGUCUCCCUACAGCUGGCGCUCGUCCGACAGAUCUCUAGUGCCAUGGAGCAGCUGCAGGAGGCCCUGAUGGCGUGCAGGGACGAUGCCAACGCGCUUCACCUGCUGGCACUGCUCUUCUCUGCCCAGAAGCACCACCAGCACGCCCUGGAUGUCAUCAACAUGGCCAUCACCGAGUACCCCGAGAACUUCAACCUGAUGUUCACCAAGGUGAAGCUGGAGCAGGUACUGAAAGGCCCAGAGGAAGCCCUCGUGACUUGCAGACAAAUGCUGCAGCUGUGGCAGACACUAUACAGCUUCUCCCAGCUGGGAGGCCUAGAAAAGGAUAGCAGCGUAGGUGAAAGCCACACGAUGAAGAAGCAGAGUGGCAUGCACCUGACCCUGCCCGAUGCCCACGAUGCAGAUUCUGGCUCUCGGCGGGCAUCAUCCAUUGCAGCCUCAAGGCUUGAGGAAGCCAUGUCAGAACUGACCAUGCCCACCUCGGUCCUAAAGCAGGGCCCCAUGCAGCUGUGGACCACGCUGGAACAGAUCUGGCUCCAGGCUGCUGAGCUGUUCAUGGAGCAGAGACACCUCAAGGAAGCAGGUUUCUGCAUCCAGGAGGCGGCUGGCCUCUUCCCCACCUCACACUCCGUGCUCUACAUGAGGGGCCGGCUGGCCGAAGUGAAGGGCAGCCUGGAGGAAGCCAAGCAGCUGUACCAAGAGGCGCUCACGGUGAACCCCGAUGGCGUGGACAUCAUGCACAGCCUGGGUCUGAUGCUGAGUCGGCUGGGCCACAAGAACCUGGCCCAGAAGGUUCUGAGGGACGCCGUGGAGAGGCAGAGCACCUGUCACGAGGCAUGGCAGGGCCUGGGCGAGGUACUGCAGGCCCAGGGCCAGAACGAGGCUGCCGUCGACUGCUUCCUCACCGCCCUGGAGUUGGAGGCCAGCAGCCCCGUGUUGCCCUUCUCCAUCAUCCCCAGGGAGCUCUGAGCGGCGCUGCAGCAGCAGGGGGCUGCCAGCACAGGCCCAGGGAGGCAAGGCAGGCAGGGCCAGGCAGGGAGCUGGGGUCAGGGAGGGACGGUGAGUGUGGGGCCUCAGGGAAUACACCGAGUGAACAUUUUCGCAGGCUGCAGCCGCAGUUCUCCUGGCCCACGCCUCCCCGCCUCCCUCCAGGGCCAGCUGGGGCUGGGCACUGCUCAUCUGGAGCUGGGUGGACAAGAUUUGCAUCGGAAGCAAAUCCUAUGCUCCCUGGGACUCAAACACUGUGGUGUUUAUGUUUUGAGCAGGGAGAGAGGGUCACAUCUCCACAAGGCCCUCCCUCUGUGCCUGUGCAUCACCUGAAGAUGCCUAAAGGGUCCACGUGUCUUGGGUGUCACCCUGCACCUGGCUCUAAGCCCCCCUCCUUAAAAUCCCUGACAGCUGGAUUUUCUGGCUUUGGACAAACUUUAGUCUCAAGCCUCUGCACACCACCAGAAAUGAGCCCCUGGAGCUGCCUCUGGCUGGGCCAGGCUGUCCUGGAUUCCUUUCUCAGUGCCUUGGGAGACAGACUGGCUUGAACCCUAAGUGACUUUGCAGAGUGUGGUAACUUGACAGCUCAGAAGGGGGAGCCUCUCAGCUGUGCUUCACCCCCACCCAUGCCUCUACCUUGGGGUGGGUCUGGGAGCCCCACUCACUGAAUCUUGCUCCCCAGUCUCAGGACAGGGCUGGCUUCUGGAUGGCCCUCAGGCCUUGCCCUGGUAGUCCCAGCUUGACUCUGCUGGCUGGGGGAGGAAGACAGCAUCUCUGGGUUCCUCUCUCAGACUCGGAGUUAGCAGAGGAUGCCUGGCAUUGUCCUGCUUGGUCCAGGCAAGUCAGAUGGACUCUAUGUGCUUUUCCUCUGCCAUCAAGUGCCUUUGCGCCUCUGGUGUCUGGCCAGGGGCACUGAACACCGGCCCUAACUAAUCCUUCCGUUUCCACCCAGCUUUCUGGAAAUAUGCCCUAGCCUAAGUGGCCCCUAGAGCAGACCUCAGGAUACAAAAAUAUGGCUCUGGACCCAACUCUUUCUAAUACCCUGAGUCAACACAUUCCUCCAAGCCUUUCUCUGUGCUGCAGGUCCCUCUAGAGCUAACAAUGCAGAGGUGGACAGUCUUUAGGACUGUCCCCAAUAUCAUCACCUACAGCCCUUGGGCUUUCUCAAGUGACCCAAACCCCACCCUGACCAUGGAGGUCCCCUUGCCCAGGACCACAGGUGCUGAGGUUGGGGACCGAGGAGACCAAGCCUGCCCCUGCUUUCCACAGUGAAGCAGGCCUCCAUGUCCAGGACACACCCUGUCUGCAGUGGUUGGGGAGCUGCUGGGCAGAUGUCCUCCCUGUUGGUUCCAUGCCUGCAGCUUCCACCCUCAGAACCCUUCCCCAGGAAGUCGCUCCCAGGGCGGGGGUGGGGGUGGGCAGAGUUCCUUCCAAUCUGCACACAGUUUCCAGUAGUAAAACCCCCUUGGGCACAGCUCCCGUUUUGAGAUUCAAGGGAAGGUUGGUGAGGACCUCCGUGACUUAUCAUAGCUGCACAGGGGGACAGCUCAGCACUGCAGAGAGCUGGGGCCUCCUGGCCACCUGUGCCAGACCAAGGGGCACCUCAAAGGACACUUGAUCCUUUGCCUCUUGGUUGAAGGCUCUCUCUCUGUAUGUCUAUGUAUGUAUAUAAAUAUAGAUAUAUAUAUUUAUAUAUGAUAGAGAUCUAUUUUUUCUGGAAUUCUGUUAGAAAAAAAAGAAUAAGCAAAUGCCAUUGAUUUGCCUUGGGGUGUGCAAAGAUACUGGUAGUCAAUUUUUGGUAAUAGAAAAGACAACAAAUGCAUUCUGACUAAGCAUUCCUCUUUGGAAGCCCACGAAGGGCUGGGCCAAGUUGCUGACAGUGACUGGAAAUUUAAUAAAGAGACCCUUGAAGGGGAAGCCGGAUGACCUGAAGCAGCAGUGUUCAUUCACCCAUGAGCCGGACCCUGGAGAGAAUGGACGAGGAUGGAGGGGCAGGUGGCCGUCUGAGGAGGUCAGGUUUCACCUGGAGAAUUUGCCAGGUGAGAGUGGGCGAGAGGAGAGGCUUGGGGAGCAUGCGCAGGCUGAGCUAAGGCAGGCAAGAGGGACAGAAGAGUCCAGCAGACCGGCUCUGGCCUCUGACUUGCCCUUUCGGCGAACCCCAUGCUGCCUCCAAGGCACAGAUACAUCUGAACAGGAGAGACAGGCCAGCAUUGCAAAUGGAGCACCUUGGGCUGCGGGGGAGGAGCAUCAGGACAGGGCUGAUCCAGGCCACAUUCAGUCAGCCACCUCUGCUGAGGAGCCCAUAUGAUCUGAAUAGAGAGGUUACACCCCCUACCAGUGUGCUAUGCGUGUUAUAAAACAAGCACCACACAUUUUUAAAGACUGAUAUAAAUUUACACAGAAGCUCUACUCUGGCAGUAGAGGGGAUACUGGGGAUUGAACCUAGGGCCUCACACAUGCUAGACACAUGUUCUGCCACGAGCUACAUCCCCUGCCCUUUUAAUUUUGAGACAGGGUCUCACUAAGUUGCCCAGGCCAGCCUUGAACUUGUGAUCCUCCUGCCUCAGCCUCUUGAGUCACCGGGAUUAUAGAUAGGCGCCACCACACCCAGCCAACAAAAGUUCUAUUUUUUCUUCUUCCUGGGCCCCAAAGGAUCACCUGCUGUACCCACAGAGCGAUAGCCACUGCACUUUGGAACAGCCACCCUGAGUCUCCCCCUGGAAUUCAGAGCCCACCCUGAAGGAGCCUUCUGCUUCCUGUGCUUCCCUGUGGCUGGGCGGCCCCCAUCCCUCUGGCCGUCCUGUACUGGGCAUUGCUGGCACAGAGAGGUAGGACUUUACUUGAAGCCAGUGGUACCCAGCUUCUCUUUGGCUAUGAUCCUUUUUUCAGGUCACAUAAACUUUAGCGAUUAAUGACUGGUAUCAAGCUGCCGACCCCAGCCCCCAGCUCAUGGCUCCUGCAGAAGAAUUAAAAGACCUCCUUGGCCCACAGAUAGUGGUAGGUUGUCUGCCAACCUGAGAGACUGAGAAAGCUCAUCCUCCAGGGAAGAGGACGGAAGGACUGUGGAGGCUCAGCCUCCCUGAUCAGGAAGAGGGUUUCACUAGGCUACCUUGGAGCCGGUCAGAUGUUGGAAAGCCAGGCAGAGGAUACCCGCUGAGCCCAGGAAUUUCCUGACACCCAUUCCAUUCGGCAGAUCUUGUGCUCACACGUAGACCUCAUCAGAGAGCAAGGAGGUCGUGUCUAAACCGAUCAUGCCAGAACAAGGGCUUGAGUCUGGGGAUAAGACCUGGGGCUGCCCAGUCACCCCUGUGGACCUCCAACCCUCCCACCACUGUCCAGGACAUAGCCCCCACGAGUGCACGCUGCUACUAACAGUGUUUAUCUGCAGGCACAAAUAUGGGGGGAAUUUCAGCCACCAUCACCCAGACUCCUUGCUGGUAGCAAAAUGCUCAUGGUUGCGUUGGCACCCCCGCUGGAGGUUCAGAUGUCGUCACCGUGCAGAUAUUUCUUAGCUUUGAGAAACCUCCAGCUAGACAAGCUUCCCCAUUGCCCAGCACAGGCUGCCAGUUCACGAUGAAAACUUGCAGGCGGGGGACCUCACACGUGAGAACCAGUGGAACCAACCCCAUGGUACUGAGCCAAGGCCCCUGGGGCCAGGGAGGUCUUGCCUGGGAAGUACCCAUUGUCCCCCGCCAGAGAUCCCUUAGAGUUUUCAUCAGGUUCUUUCUGUUUCAAAGAACAGAAACCCACUGAAGAUACCAUAAGAGAUAAGAAAGAGCUCCUUGGAGCCCUAGGGUAGGAACUGUGCCACACAGGCCUGAGGCCAAAGCAGCCACACAGCCUUUGCUCUGUUCUCAGGGAGAUAGCAGGGUGACAGUGCAGUCACCACCUGAGCUGGAAGGCAGAGCUUUACCAUUGACAGACUGUGUGGCCUUGAACAAGUUGCUUAAUCUCUCUGUUCCUGUUUCCUCAUUUAAAAAAUAACAGAAUAGUGCCUGCUUUGUGGAUUAUGAUAGUUAUGUGAGAAAGACAUUGAGAGCGCGGAACAGUGCCUGGCCUGUGGUAGAUGCUCUCCGUGUGUGUGCGAUUCUUUUCUGUCUGCCGGUCCUGUCCUCCUCUCCCUGCUGGUUCUCUCUGCUCACUCAGAGGGUUGCUGUCCUGGGACUCUGGGUGACUCCACCCUGGCCACUCCUGCACUGUUCCCGCUUACCUACCACCUACAGAGCUGUGGCCACUCCCCUCUGAACAACUGAUUCUAGAACAAGAGGAUCCAUGUGGUCUCUGAUUUUUGCAGGGGUCCCUGAGCAGCCUGGAGACUGCCCUUCCUUGGGUGGUGCCCUGCUCCAUCUAGUCAGCUGUGAUAGGAAGGCAGGGGCCUCAGGACAUGAAAUAUGGCCACUUACUAUUACUUGGCACAUAGCCUGUUCCCCCUGGGAACAUGGGGCCUUGUCUAGUAGACGACAGCUCCGUCUACUGCCACCCUCUGAAGACACUGCAGAGAGCCAGCUCACCAGCUCUGGGGACGGUUGAGAUGCUUGUUAUCACCACAACGUAAGGACCCCACAGAUCCAGGACAGCAUCCUGGGGAAGUCACACAGACGCAGGGCCCUCUUGCCUGGUUGCUGUCUGCCACCAGCAUUACCGCACUGGCUGGACUGAAGGGUAGUGGGUGGCGCUCCGUGCUGCCCAGCACCCAGCCUCCCUGCAGCUGCAGGGGAGGUUCCUCGAGUGGAGGCCACUCAAGACCCCAGAGAGCAGUGGGUUUCAGAAGAUGCGCAGCAGCUGGAAGUCCAAACAGGCAGCAUGGGAGCUGUUGGACUGCAGACCUCAAGGGUGCUGACCACCUGCUGCCUGGACCCGGGUGGGCCCCAGUACCAGCUCUGUCCUCCAUGCUCUGGCCUACAGCCUAGGGAGUCUGGUACCCCUGUGCAGGGGCAUCCCAGUCUUUUUUAUUUUGAGAUAGGAUCUCGCUAAGUUGCCCAGGCUGGCUUCAAACUUGUUCUCCUGCCUCAGUGCCACCCCCCGCCCCCCAGUUAGCUGGAGUAGCAGGUGUGUGCCACCGCAAGUGGCCUUCAGUAUGUUUUCACCCAGAGCUGAAGUUGCUCUCUUCCCUGACCACCACCCAGUUAGCAGAUGGGAACUGUAACCUUGACACAGGCUCUUAGUUAAUCUUCCAUACACUCUCCAACUUUUGUCACUAAGGUUUGUAGCACCAUUUUCCUGCAGCCAGGUCCCAUGUUCCAUUUAGUUGUCAUGUCUCUUCAGUCUCCUGAAGUCUGAUAGUUCUUCCUCCUCUCUCCUUUCAUAGCAUGGACAUUGCCAGGGACUGCAGAGGGUCUUGUCUCCCAGUAUAAUGAUGAGACGGACAGAAAGAAGCAGCUGGGACUGGGAGCAGAGGCUCAAAGCUGCCCAAGCUCUGGGGCAGGGAGAACAGUGAAUUGGUUGGAGCUGGGACAUAAAAAGCAAAAAUGACCAGGGUAGCCAAGCAGGGUCAGGCACACCCGUAAUCCCAGCAACUCAGGAGGCUGAGGUGGGAAGUUUGCAAGUUCAAGGCUAGCCUUAGCAACUUAGCAGAGCCCUCAGCAAUUUAGUGAGACCCUGUCUCAAAAUUAAAAAUAA